UCUCUGCCCCACCCGUGGCUCCUGGGAAUGAAGUGGAAGGCAACUGAACUCUCUCGUGCUCUGCUGAGACGAAAUGACAUUGAUGUUUGUGGUGAAUGGAACUCAUGGCAGUGUCUAACAUGGGAGGGAAAGACACGAAUGGACCAUGUGGCGUGACUCGUUCAGACUGCAGCUCUUCUGCCUGCUUAUGGCAGUGCUGGCUGUUGUGGUGCUGGUCCAUAAUUUUUUUCAAUUAGAGAACCUGGAUGAUGACACAGUUUCAGGAUCGAGUUGGAUAACAGAAAACAAUGUCCAGCAUUCUCUGUCACAGACAGCCAAAACUACCAGGAAGCCUUACUGUGGGUACACGCAGCAGACCUUGUCCAAAAGGGAACAAGCGGAGCAGGAAUCGUUGCUUGCUGCAAUAGAGUGGCCAAAGCCCCCUGAUGGCAAAAUUGCCUUUGAACAAAGCACUGAUCCCACACACAGUGACUUUGUGAUUGUGAAACCCAGCAGGUUCUUCAAGGUGGGUGAUCAGUUGGAGAUACUUGUUCGUAUGAAGGAUUUCCAAGGAAAACCCAAGCAGUAUGGUGGAGACUAUUUACAGGCACGAAUCCACUCUCCUGGGCUGAAAGCUGGAGCAGCAGGAAGGAUUGUGGAUUGCCAAAAUGGCCUUUACAAAGUCUUCUUUACCUUGCUUUGGCCAGGAGAGGUCAAAGUUUCUGUGUCACUUGUCCAUCCCAGUGAAGCAAUCCAAGUUCUCCUGCGUUUACGAGAGGAAAGGCCGGACAGAGUCUAUUUCAAAAGCUCAUUCAAGUCUGGGAGGUAUUCAGAAACGACAGAGUGCAAUGUUUGCUUGCCUGGAGGUCUCCCAGUCUGUAACUUCACAGAUCUCUACACGGGUGAGCCAUGGUUCUGUUACAAGCCUCGAAAACUGUCCUGUGCCAGCCGAAUCAGCCAUGCCAAAGGUGGAUAUCUGAAAGGUCUUCUGACACAAGAGGAAAGCCUCUUUUUCCAAAGUGAUGUGAAUAUCAAAAGGCCAAUUCUCUCCAGUGGACCAGAUUCAGUCAUUGUAAAGCCCAAGGCAUUUACAGAUUCAAGCAGUAUGGACAGAGCUGAAGAUCCCACAGUUUCCCCUUCUGGUUAUUAUUAUGAAGACCAGUGGAGAUCUAGAACACAUUGGAUCCAUAAUUUUAACAAAUCAGAUGAUAUAACUGAGUGCUUACAAGGAAAAGUAAUCCACUUGUUUGGAGACUCUACAAUAAGGCAGUGGUUUGAAUAUUUGACAGCAUUUGUUCCAGAUCUAGUGGAAUUCGACCUGGGCAGCCCGAAGAACGUGGGCCCCUUCAUGUCCGUGGACCUGAAGCACAACAUCCUGCUGAAGUUCCGCUGCCACGGGCCGCCCAUCCGCUUCUCCACGGUGUUCAGCAGCGAGCUGCGCUACAUCGCCAACGAGCUCAACAGCAUCGUGGGCGGCAGGAACACCGUCAUCGCCAUCACCAUCUGGUCCCACUUCAGCACCUUCCCCGUGCAAGUGUACAUGCGGCGCCUCAGGAACAUCCGCAGGGCCGUCCUGCAGCUGCUGGACCGCAGCCCCAAGACUGCCAUCGUCAUCAGAACCGCCAACGUGCAGGAGCUCGGGCCGGAAGUGAGCCUCUUCAACAGCGACUGGUACUCCUUUCAGCUGGAUUCUGUCAUGAGGAAGAUGUUCUCAGGAAUUGCCGUGCACUUUGUGGAUGCUUGGGAGAUGUCUGUGGCUCAUUACUCGCCACAUAACCUGCACCCUAAUGAAAUAAUUGUUAAGAAUCAAAUAGAUGCAUUUUUAUCUUAUGUGUGCCCUCUGCAAACUUAACACAAAUGGGUAUCCCUAUGUUGUCUUUUGCUAUAGCCGAAGUACAGUUGCUCUUUUGAGCUGUGGAUGAGGCUGGAUGAUAUGGAGGAACUCUGGGUACUGUACUUGAUAAGGAUAAGUAGGGUGGCCUUAACUCUGGAUAGCUGUGAAGGGUGGUAAAGAGGAGUUGACUCUUCAGGCCAUAUCUUCCUGUUAGACUGAUUCCUUCAAGCUUAUCAUUCAUACCUGAGAUUAUUAGAGAGCACCUUAAAUUAAAUUGGCAGGAUUCAAUAAGAAACUAUUAGGGUUAUUAGCUUUACUAGUUGUCUGCACUGUACCCCUAAUUUAAUCCUGAUUCUGUUGCCAGGGUCUUGUUGCUCAGAGCAGUGUGUAAAACCUGGGAAGGAUUUUGGGAAUGGUCUUUUAGCAUUCCAGAGGUUAAGGGAUGUCUCCUCCAGUUGUGUGUCAGAGAAGCACAGUCUGUUUCAAAGUCCUAAUUAGAAACAUGAAGGGAGCAUACCAAAGUCACCAAUAAGGAAGCACAAUCACAAUAUCUGUAGAAUUAAGUCACGAGGAAUUUGCUGGCAUUUAAUGGCACACACUAGUUGGGCACCUUUGUUGUUUACAGAAAGCUGCUAAAUAGUGCAAAUAGCCAGUAUUUUAGUUUGGUUUCCUGUACUACUGAUUUUUUUUUUUUUUUUUUAGCUUUGAUACACUAUCUACUUCUUGAUUUAUCGGUAGUUGAGGGUAUGUGUGUUUUGUGACCUCAGUGAAAACACUGUCUCAGGCAGUUUCUGCAAAUUCAAGUUGCCGGUUAACCUACUUGAAGUUUAAAGCAUUUGCCAGUGAAAGUGUUUCAUUUGCCAGUGAAAGUGUUUUCAUUCCCUGCCAGCUCCAGCUGUUCCAUUCAGUGUCUCUGCUGUGUCCUUGGUGGCCGGGGUCUUUGGUCUGGAGGGGGAGGCCAAGUGACCCAAGGGCCCCUGUGGUUCUUUGGCAGUGGUGCU